CAAGUAGAAACUUUUUGCCCGACUGAAUUAUCACAGAAGACCUGAAGAAGUCAAAAAGUCGUUUUGAAAUUGGUCAUGGAUUUGUUUAAGUUUAUUUUUGUUCCUCAGUGACAUUAAAAAGCUUCAGCACAGAAAACAAAUCAGUGUCAUUAAAAAAUCCAAAAUGUCGAUUCUGGGCCUUAAAAAGAAACAGCCGAAGACUUUUAAGGUGAAAGUCGUCACCAUGGACGCUGAAAUGGAGUUCAGCUGUGAGGUUAAAUGGAAAGGGAAGGACCUGUUUGACUUGGUGUGUCGUACCAUUGGACUGAGGGAAACUUGGUUUUUUGGCCUAAGAUACACUGUGAAAGACACUUACGCCUGGCUUAAGCCUGACAAACGGGUUUUGGAUCAAGAGGUUCCAAAGGAUUCUCCUAUAACAUUUCAUUUCCUUGCUAAAUUCUUCCCUGAAAAAGUAGAAGACGAGGUUGUUCAGGAAAUCACGCAGCACCUUUUCUUCUUACAAGUAAAGAAACAGAUACUAGAUGAGGAGAUAUUUUGUUCUCCAGAGGCUUCAGUCCUCCUGGCAUCAUAUGCUGUUCAAGCCAAGUAUGGGGAUUAUGACCCAAACUUCCAUAAGCCAGGCUUCCUGGCUCAAGAUGAGCUCUUACCUAAAAGGGUGCUGAUGCAGUAUCAGAUGACACCAGAGAUGUGGGAAGAGAAGAUCACAGCUUGGUAUGCUGAACACAGAAGCAUAGCACGGGAUGAAGCUGAGAUGGAGUAUCUAAAAAUAGCACAGGAUCUGGACAUGUACGGUGUUAGCUAUUUCUCUAUAACGCAAAAUAAGAGGGACAAAGAGCUCCUGCUUGGUGUUGACGCACAGGGACUUCACAUCUACAGCCCCAAUAGCAAGCUAAACCCUCAAAAGUCCUUCCCCUGGAGUGGCAUCCGUAACAUCUCCUACAGUGAGAAAGAGUUCACCAUAAAGCCGCUGGACAAAAAGAACGAUGUUUUUAAAUUCUAUUCUUCACAACUCAGAGUUAAUAAGUUGAUCUUACAGCUGUGCAUUGGGAACCAUGACCUGUUCAUGAGGAGAAGAAAAGUGGAUUCUAUCGAGGUGCAGCAGAUGAAAGCUCAAGCCAAAGAGGAAAAGGCCCGGAAAAAUAUGGAACGUCAGAUUCUGACACGGGAGAAGCAGCUGAGGGGGGAUGCAGAGCGGGCCAAAGAGGAGAUGGAGCGCCGUCUGUUUCAACUGCAGGAUGAGGCUCGUAUGGCCAAUGAAGCGCUGAUACGCUCUGAGGAGACGGCCGACCUGCUGGCAGAAAAGGCCCAGAUUGCAGAGGAGGAGGCCAAGCUGCUGGCUCAUAAAGCAGCUGAAGCCGAGCAGGAGAGACUGAGGCUGGAGGCCACGGCCAUCAAGACCAAAGAGGAGCACAGACUGAUGGAGCAGAAGAUGAGAGAAGCAGAGCACCUGGCUGUGAAACUAGUGGAACAGUCGGAGAGAAGGUCAAAGGAGGCAGACCACCUAAAGCAGGACCUGAAUGAGGCCAAAGAUGCUGAGCGUAGAGCCAAGCAAAAACUUAUUGAAAUCACCAAAACAACAUACCCGGUAGCUGCAUAUCCCAAUCCCCCUCCUCCACCUGGUCCUGACAACAUGGAGGUGCAGGUGGACGUGGCUACCUCAUACCGACUAGACUUCAAAGACUCUGACAUGAAGAGAUUAUCCAUGGAGAUUGAACGUGAACGAUUGGAGUACAUGGAAAAGAGUAAGCACCUACAGGAUCAGCUGAAGGAGCUGAAGUCUGAGAUUGAGUCUUUGAAGCUUGAGGAGCAGCACCAGCAGGCGGGUAUCUAUGGCCUGAGGGGCUACGCCGAACCCCCAUACAUCCCCCACAGCAAUCGGAACUCUGCCUACAUGGCUCAGAUGACCUUCUUCGAGGAGGUGUGAAUGGACAGAAUGUGACAGAACAAAGGAGCGAGCAAAGAAAACAUCUCUAGUGUGUAGCACUCAUCAGUGAAUGUAACCUGACAAUAUCCAGCAUACACUCCUGCACAGAAAGCCUUAAAAUGAGUGCUUUUUAAUCAUGUUACUGACAUGUUUAGCGUUACGAAUUACAAAUCUAUGCACAGAGACUUGUUUUACUGUUUAUGAGCUGAUCUUACAACAAAAUGGUUUUUAUUUGCCAAAUAUUAAUUCAGUGAUGCUAGUAGAUAUUUGCCUUGUAUUACAAAAAAGGUUUUAAAGUUUAUGUUUUUACUACUCUCUGUUAAAGUACACAGCAACUCUGUACAGUUUUUACACCAGUCGCAUCACAUAAAGGUUGUGUGCAUGUCAUGUAUGAAUCAAAACUUAGUUCACACCAGAUGCAGGCCACUGAGAUUCAAACCCCGUUUCUCUGGAUCUCUGCAGUAGUGGGCUGGUGUGAUUUGUCCUUUAUAUGGUGCCCACUUUCUAGCCUAUUUGAACUGAAAUGGAUACUGACCUCCUUUACUAGUGCCUUUCUUAUGUGCUUGACAGGCCUGCUUUACAUUGCACGGCAUUAUGCACAGUAGGUAUUUGUUACUUUCAGUAUUUUACAAUUUAUGCACACUGAUUAAUUUAUUUGCAUAAUGCUUUUAAUAGAAUACAUUGUCUUUAGGUGGGGUCGGAUCUGUGACAGCAAAUGAGUGAAAACUAGACAGUGUUUUCCAGUAUAAUUGUGCUCACUAAGUAACAGUGCUACCCUGCAUUGGCAGCUCAAUUCGUGCUAUAUGUACCUCACUCAGAGGACAAGUACCGCCUCUCUACAAAGCAUUUAAUCUACUUCAGUUCCAGUCAGAUUCAAACUGUGUAUUUCAACAGUUUAAUUUUAUAUCUUUUAUGGUGGCCUUUAAAAUAUUUUUGUAUUUAUUAUUUUUAUUAAAAAACACUAAUGUAUCUACCUUACUGGAUCAUGCUAGUUUAUAUUAGUGUUUUGAUGGUAUGUUUUCUUACUCCAGCAGUUGCAGGAAAGUUGUGAAAGGUACACUAUACCCAUGCUAGCUGAAUUUCAAACAAGACUAGAUAUUCCAGAAAGGUAAUUCUUUAACCACAUCACUCCAUAUUUUGUUUUAAUAUUUUUAAUGCACAGCGUAUUACAUUGUAAAGCAAUAUAGUAUUUUAGUCAGCCUUACAAACCCUGUAGAAAGUUGGGGCUUUUUGUAAAAUGCAAUAAAGACAAGAAUCUUUAAUAUUUUUUUAUCCUCAUGAACCUUUAUUUAAGUGAUAAAAGUACAAAGCAAAGAUUUCCAAUAUUUUAACAGAAAAUUAUAUGACUGAUGAGGAAAGUGAGCUAUUUGUUCCAAUUUUAGGGAAUGGAAUUUUUGCCCAUUCUUGCUUGAUAAACAACUUCAGCUGCUCAGCAGUUUUGUGUUCACUGUUGUCUGAUUCUUAUACAUUUUCAAAAGGAGACAGAUAUGGACUGCUGGCAGGCCGGUCAUGCACAUGCACACACUUUGUCUAUAAAGCUGCACUGUUGUAGCAAAUGCAAAAUGAGGCCUGGCAUUGUCUUGCUGAAAUAAUUAUGAACUUUCUGGGAUUAUAUGUCGCCUUGAUGACAGCAUGUGUCUUUCAAAAAUCUCGAUUAUAUGCCCCUGCUUCAAUAAAAUCAGCACACAUAUGCAAGUCACCCAUGCCAUGGGCACUAGCUGAAAUGUGGACUGAUCUGACUCAUCUGUGUUUUAGUCAUUCUAAAAUGAGCUUGGGUCCAGAGAAGGUUGGCGUUUUUGCAUAGAAUAGAUGUAGGUAAUUUUGAACAUCCUUUGUCUUGACUUAAUUUUAUUGGUGUGUUGCAGGCAUUAAAUUUAAAACUUGUUUAUAUUUACAAAAUUUAAUACAGGCUGGUCAGCCAAAGCAUUAAACACAUUUUUGUACACCUGCCAGUUAAAUAAAGGGUUAAGAGAACUAACAAAUCACAGAUUCGAUUUCUUUUUUUUUUUUUGCAUUUUACAAAAUGAAAUGGGUUUUUAUUUUUGUAUUUAAGACAGAUUUCAUUUAAACCUGCAGAGGUUUUGAAAUACAGACUUUUAAAUGCUUAGGCUCAGGUAUACAGUACCACACUAAAGCAAUACUUAAAACCUUGAUUACACUAAUACGAGUUUUAGAUUAGCCUUUGUAAGACAGUACACACAGUGCAAGAAUAAAAAGCCAUUUAAACCUGAGUUCAACUUCUAUAGAUGUCAGAAUUCACAUACAUACAAAGAAAUACAAAAACAGAUCUGUUUAAGCAACACUGAGUAUAUUCAAUAACGGAUUAUUAGAUGUUGCUGUGUUUGGUAGUGUGUGUGGGUUUUGGCAAAAGUAAUGUAAUUGUUUAAUGAGUUAAUGAGUAUUGAUUACCCAGCAAAAACUUUGUAAUGUAAUUUUUUACAUGCUUUUUCACAUUUACAUUUCAUUGUUUUACUGCAUCAGAUUAUUAAAAUGACUAAACUGUUGAAUCUCCCACUUUUUAUUUAAAAUUGAGAUAUCCAUGUUGGUGUGAGCAUGGUCAGUAAUUUAACCAAUUGGAAAUGUAGGUGCCUUGUGCUUUGGGUAUGUCAAGCAUGAGGGGAAUGCUUUUUAAUUUUUGUAGUAUAUAAUUAAAAUGUCUUCGUGUUUAGUAAGAAACAUUCCUGUGUUCUAUGUAUACAGCCAUAUACACAAUAUGCAUCAGCUUUAGUAGGCUACUAUUCAUGUUUUAAUGAAAUUUGCCCGUCUCUGACCUAUUAAACACUAAUUGUCACACCAAGCUUUUUUUCAUGCAGCUUUUAAGUGCCUUAUAUGUUUUGUAGAAUAUCGACUGUUUUUAAUAUUGAAUGUGUUCAUAAAGAUUCAGUCACAAAUACUUGUCUGAAAGUGAGUUUCUUAUAACAGAGCAGAAUUUAAUCAAAGCAUGGAGUUAAAUUUUUUUCUGGCAGUGCUGGGAUUUGAACUCACAAACAUCUGUUGACUAGCACAGAAUUUUAAACUUUGAGCUGCUGUGGUUGGUUACAUUUACUGACAUUAAGUUCUCAUGAGAAUUGUACACUAAUGUACCUAUAAAUAUGACUUUUUACAAGUAUUGUGUUUAUGCAUUUAAUAAUAAAAUGGUGUAAAAAUGUAUACACCCCCUUUGAUUUCACAUGUUA